GGCUCGGGCUCUCAUUUCGCCAGUGGCACUACUGCUCCCAUGUUUACUGCUAGAUUCUUACCCCAGACUGCGGCGAACGAGGAACGCGAAAAACACAAAUCCAGGGUGGCACUUGCUUUGGACUUUGAUCCGGCAACAAGACUUAUACAAAGCAGUAAGCCCUGGUCACUGCUCCGCGGGUUGCCGAAUCCAGCUUCAUCGGACUACGAGAGAUUCUCUCCAUUUGUGUGGAAGGAUAACGCCUGGAAACGAAAUGGGAGAGAUCUGUGGAUGCCUGUAUCCAAGCCGAGUAAGCGAGUCGUCCCCAAUCGUCCGUUUCGCAUUCUCGAUGCGCCCCUCCUCCGCGAUGACUUUUAUUGCUCAACAUUGGCGUAUUCACCCACAUCCGGCAUUCUUGCUGUUGGUUUGGGUCAUCGUGUGUAUUUGUGGUCCGAAGAUCUUGGAGUACAGCAUCCUCCCCUUAGCGAUCAGCAUCCCUCCAACUACGUGACAUCUUUAGCAUUCUCCUCUGAUAAUGGCGGAAAAAGUAUACUGGCUGUUGCAAGACAGCCGGGGAUGUUAUGUUUGUGGAGUGUCUUCGACGCUAAGGUCCGAUUUGAGAUUAGCCAUCCUGAGAGCAUCACAUGUGUGGCAUUCAAGCAAACCAAGUCCCGCAGAACAUCAGAACGCUUCCGCAACAUGGAAGUUGAUGUCGAGGAUCUGGCUGUAGGAGAUGAUCUGGGGAACAUAUGGUAUUACUCAGUGGAGUGGCCUGAUGAUGAGAUAUGGGAUCGAUAUGACUGGAACGGAGCCAUGACCUUGCUCGCCAAAAUCGCUGCUCACACACAGCAAAUUUGUGGAAUCAGUUGGUCACCAGAUGGCUCUUUCCUUGCAACGGGGGGCAAUGACAACUUUUGUCUGCUAUUUGAGCUCCAGACUAUUCUUCCUCCGCGUGAACUCAAUCUUUCAGUUCAAACUGAUUCGUCAUAUCGUUCUUCACACCAAUCCACGCGCCAGUCAGGCCAGUCAGGAGGCACAGAAGGCACAAAUUUGGCCUCUUAUCUUACAACAGAGGCUGGUAGGCUCCAUCAUCGAAGACGCAGUCUCAUCGGCAAUCUGCUUCCGCCCUGGGCCUUGUCAUAUGUUAGGCCUUUUACCACCUCGCUGCUGAACCAUACGGGGUCAUUGAUCUCCGGUGGUGAAAAGACAAUCAUGGUUCCAGCCAACCGUCAAAAACAUCGACUAAUCCAUGGGGCGGCGGUGAAAGCGAUUGCAUUUGCUCCUUGGCAACCAUCCCUCCUGGCCACCGGUGGAGGAUCCAACGACCGAACUAUCCACUUCUACCACGCGCCGACAGGUGCAUGUCUGGCCACAAUUCAUGUAUAUGCACAAGUGACGGGCUUGAUUUGGAGCAAAACCAGGCGGGAGAUUGUGGCUACAUUCGGGUUCGCCCAGUCAGAGCACCCCUACCGAAUCGCGGUGUUCGCUUGGCCGACUUGUGAGCAAAUUGCUGCCAUCCCUUGGGGGCCGCACGGUAGUAGCUGGGAAAGCGCAGAUAAUGACCUCGUGGUCGAUUGCGGGCGGGCACUCUGCGCUGUCAGUUAUCCUGGAAGACCCCAUAUUUUCGAGCCUGAAGCUUCGGACGAGGUCGAAGACGAGUGCGUGUCGAGCGCAGCAAACCAAGACCGGUUAGCCGGGCAAAGCCGAUAUCAGCCGAGUCGACGCCGUAUGAGUCGCGCCUUUGUACGGCCACGCGCUAAGGAGGGAGGCCUAUGGUGUUCGCGCACGAUGCACGAAGGCUGCAUCAUCGUAGCUUCGAGCGAUCAAAGCGUCAAGUUUCAUGAGGUGUGGAGCGGAUCUAAGCGAAGCACAGCUGCAGUAGCGGGCUCUUUUGGGGGCAGCGGCAUUCUCGAGGGCUUAGAAGGUCUCGAGAAAGCGGGGGAUGAAAUCAUUCGUUGAUAUCAGCGAUCCUGAUACCAGUGCGACGAG